AUGGUUGCCGUGGAUUGCACCUUGCGUGAUGACUGGACUCUCGUGUGCAUUCCAAUACCUGUGCUAGCAACCCAGAUCCUCUCAAAGAGCUUCUGCGUGUUUGUGGUGAUCGGUGCGGUCAUUUUUGCGCUCUAUGGCAUCAGCUUGUACUACUCCCGCAGACCAUUUUGUCGAAUAUUGAGUUUUGGAUGCCUCGUCUUCGGAAUGCAGUUGUGCCUGCCCCAGGUUUGGUUGGAGAGCCUGGAUCCAACAUACAUGGCUUCCUCCAAUCUCCCUCUAUACGUGCUCUUUGCCAUCGGCGACGUUGUGGCACACGUUGGACUUAUGAUGCUUGUUUACUGGGACAUCUGCAUGGAAGCUGUGCUUCUGAUCUAUGCGUUGGCACCUCUGCACCAAAGAAUCGGAUAUAAAGUUUCCACGUGGGUGGGAGCCAUGUCAGUUGCGAGCCAGGUCUUGUUCCUGAUUCCGUUUUGGACUCUGAUGUACUACUUGCCGAUUGGUUCGACCCGAAAUUUUAUUGCAGGCACAUUCUUCGUUGUGCAGUGCUUCACCAUCUUCGGGAUCAUUCCUGCGGCAGGUUUCGCUGUUCUGGCUCACGGUGUGCGUAAACUCCGGGGCAAGUUGCCUGCAAGCAUUCCAAGACACUUGACCCAUCGACUGCGCUUUACACAGCUGGGCAUUGCCAUUUUCAUCCUGAUGGGUGUUGCGGAUGCACUUUUUGCAUUGAUUCCAGCAACGCAACCAUACGUCAGGAGGUUUUCAAGCUUCUUGUACAUCAAUCUCGUCCUCACCUCCCUCGCCAUCUUCACAUGUUUACUCCUUGCCGUG